AUGACAGUUAACAACGAAAUAAAAAAUUCUUUGGUUUUUAAAUUAGUGGAAGAACAAGAGGUCGAGAAAGCUUUCCAAUUAGAGUUAAAAGAAGCUGCAACUUUUGAAAAAUUACAAUAUCGACAGAAACAUGCUCCAAAUUUAUUUCUAGGCGUUUAUUGUCAUAAUAAUGAUAAUUAUAAUGGUGAUGGUGAUAAUAACAAGGAUUCAAUGCAAAUGAGAAUGAUAGGGUUUGUAGUAUCAACUUUGACCAGAUCUAAAAAACUCACUGAAGAAUCAAUGUCAACACAUGAAUCAGAUGGUAAAACAAUUUGUAUUCAUAGUGUUUGUAUUGAUAAAAAUUAUCAAAGGCUAGGAAUUGCUACAAGUUUAUUGAAGGAAUAUAUUGAAAGAAUAUUAUUAUUAAAUAAUAAUGAUGAUGUGAAAAAAUUACAUGAAAAGAUUUGUUUAAUUGCUCACAAAGAAUUGAUACCUUUAUAUGAAAAAGUAGGAUUCAAAUUGAUUGGUGAGAGUGAAGUUGUUCAUGGAAAUGAAAAAUGGUUUGAUUUGGAAUAUGAAUUAUAA